GUAAACUGGUCAUGAACCUUCCAAGAGCUUUGCCUCCUCCACCCGAGCCAAGCAUCGACAGACAUCUCACUCACCUGACCGGCUCAUGGCUUGAUUUCCCACAACGGCCAGAAACUGAAUCUAGUAGCAUUCUGAUCCCGCAUCAUCGAGUUUUUGCAACAAUGCUCCCCCACGUGGACGCGGCCAUCCUCGAAGCUCUAGGUCUUGAAGCAACCAGCUCCAAGUUAGUGUCUCACGGAGGAUCCGGCUUUUCCUCCACCCACAAGUUGGUGGCUACCAAAGAUGGCCAGGAGUUCACCUUCUUCGUCAAGACGGGCUCCGGGCCUGAAGCCGAGAUCAUGUUUCGAGGCGAACACGCCUCGCUGAACGCGCUCAACGCCGCCGACCCCUCCCUCCGCCUCGCCCCCCGCUCCUAUGCACAUGGAGCACUGCGCUCCUCCCCGGGCAAGUUCUUCCUCGUCACCGACUUUCUCGACUUCAACUCGUCCGCCUCGAACGGCACGGGCCUGUCGCUCGCUGCCAAGCUCGCCAAGCUCCACACGACGCCCGCGCCCAUCCCCAAGGGCUUCUCCAAGCCCAUGUACGGGUUCCCCGUGCCGACCUGCUGCGGCGCCACCAAGCAAGACAACACCUGGACCGAGUCGUGGGCCGAGUUCUACGCCGAGCACCGGCUGCGGGCCAUACUCCGAGAAGGGGUCCGGCAGAACGGACAGGACAAGGAGCUCAGCGAGGCCGUGGAAAAAGUGGCGGCCGUGGUCGUGCCGCGGCUGCUCGGAGAUGGGCAUCUGAAGGGCGUCAUGCCCGUCGUCGUGCACGGGGACUUGUGGAGCGGUAACCACGGCCGGGCAAAGAUCGGCCAGACAGGCGGGGUUGAGGAGGUCGUGUUCGACCCGUCGUGCGUGUACGGACACUCGGAGUAUGAACUGGGCAUCAUGCGCAUGUUUGGCGGCUUUGGAAGCAGGUUCUGGAAGGAAUACGAGAGCCUCGUCCCCAAGGCCGAGCCCAAGGAGGAGUGGGAUGACAGGAUCUCCUUGUACGAGCUAUACCACCAUCUCAACCACUAUGCGCUGUUUGGCGGAGGAUAUCGCAGUGGCGCCAUGUUCAUCAUGCGGAAACUCAUCUCCAAAUACGGAGGUGGUUCCGGCUAAGUUGUGAGAUGAGGAAGCCGCUUCAGAGACGACUAACCAUAUGUUAUAGCAACGAUAAAUAAUGAGCACAAUACGACAUUUGGACGAUAUUAUGUCAUGGUGUGGCUGAGUCUUGAUAAUUAAUAGGUACCUUGUGAAUCUAACUGGCGAUUUAAACCUGGUAGUCACAGCUUGUUCCGCUUUAAUUAGGUAGCGGUUCUUUUGUCA